AUGUCUGAUAACAACACCAAUGACUCUAAGCAGCAGUCUGCAGCUGCUGAAUCUGCUGGACCUGUUGGAUCUGCUGGAUCUGCUGCUCCUUCGAAUGCCUCAGCUACCAAGGCAGGAUUAGCAUCAGGAUCAGAUUUGAGCCAAUCAUCGGCUGAUCCAAAGCCUGAAAACCAGCAACAACACUUCCAGACAGGUCAGAAGUACCAAGGAAGCAACAACUACAACUACUACCCGGGUCAAGCCCAAGGUUCAUUUGCUAAUUCUUACGCAUAUGGGCAAAAUCCAAAUACGUACAAUGGCAGCGCAAAUUUUCACAACAAAAACCAAUACAACAACCCAAACAAACACCACUCGGGAAACAGACAAAACUACAACCACAAUGGCAGUAACAAUAACAAUGGCGGCAAGUUCAAUCAGAACAACAACAGUAACCAAAGCAACCCCAAUGCCCAAGCUAACAGAAGGCUGUUCAACAACAACACAAAUAACAACAACAAACAGAACCAUGGUUAUUCUGCUCAACAACAGCAGCAACAGCAACAGCAUCAAUACAUGGCGUAUCCGUAUGCUGCAGCUCCACAAGGGUUCCAAUACUACAUGCCACAAUAUUAUGUCCCCGUGGCUUAUGGACCACCAGGCUCUCAAUCAUAUGCGUCUCCAUCAAGUAGUGCUUCAAGUGGCUCAACUCCUCAAUACCCUCAUUCACAAAUCAGAACUCCGCCAGCGUCAAAGGUCAAAUUGACUACAAAGGAUGGUAAACCAGUUGAUUUGGAGGAGAAAAAGAAGAAAACAGCUUCGUCAACUCCAGUGGCGUCUCCGUAUGUCAAACAUGCAUCACCUGCGGUUGCAUCUGUCACUACUGAAAAACUGGAAUCAUCGUCUCCGGCACCUGCAUCUUCUGAAGGUGCUGCAUCAGUCUCAGCAGCACAAACACCUGCACAACCAUCUGCACAACCAUCUGCAUCUACAUCUACAUCUACAUCUACAUCGGCACCUGCACCUGCACCUACUCUUUCUGCUGCUGAAGAGUUCAAGAGAAAGAUUAGGGAAAGAGCUGCUGCCGCCGCCGCUGCCAAAGAGAAGCAAAAGAAACAAGACGAAGGUGUGGCCGAGAAGAAGGAACCUAAAGAGCAACCCAAAGACGAUGUCAAACAGGCUAACAAAGAGGAACCAAAAGCUGAACAAGUGGAGGCAGCUUUGGAAAAGAAACCUGUACCAGAACCUAAAGAAAAUGUUUCAGAACUUGGAUCUAAGAAUAAGGAUAAUGAUAAUGAUGUUGAUGCUGGUGUGGCAAAGGAGUCUGAAAAGGAGGUAAUUACAAGUACUCACAUUCCUGUAACAUCAAGUGCAACAGAAACAGACAAAGAAGCAACUCCCACUGUUGCACCAACUGAGCCUGUUGAUGAUACACAGAAGGAACAGGAAGCCACUACAGAACAAUCCACAAAAGAAAAUAAUGAACAAGAACUACCUGAAAGCAAACAAGAUAAGAAGACUGAGGAGGCAAAAGAGUCCAAAGAUGAUGUUGAAGUAGAUCGCGCAGAUGCCGAAACCACAGAAGUAACAACUGGUGCUGAUGAUAAAGAGCAAGAGGAGGAGGAAGAAGAAGAAGAAGAAGAAGACGCAGACGACGCAGAUGACGCAGAAACUACAGAAAACACCGAACCGGAGCUCAACAUUACCCAAUUUAUGAAGAAAAUUGCAGAAGUUCCAGCAUUCACAAACAUUUUGGAUGUCCAGUACCCUGACAACUUUCACGCUGUCGACAGCUCGAGACAGAUUCCUAGCAAAAAAUACAGAUACGAUCCACAGUUCCUUAUGCAAUUCCGCGAAGUUGUUCAAUAUCCAAUCGACGCCGACUUCAAAACUCGCUAUGGAUACUUGGAGCUUGGCCAACAACAAGCACUCAGACGCUCAGGAACUGGUAGAGACUCGUCCUCUCGUAAUCUUGGUCCAGGAGGUAGACAACCAAGUAAUGUGGGUCGUUUUGGUGGUCCUCAUGACAAGCGUGGUGGUGGUGGUCUUGGAGGAAAUGCAAGCUCUUUUGACAGCAGACAAAACUCCAGAACAGGAUCAAAGAGAAGGGGUGCGUCGACUAGAGACAAGUCCACUAGGAAACCACUCCAAUCAAAGAGAGGUGGUAGGGGUAAUGACUCACGUGAACCUACCGAAGAAGAGUUGGCCAGAGAAGCUCCAAAACCAGCGGAGGAUGUUAAACCAUUGGAGAAGACAGCUAAUAGAUGGGUUCCAAAAUCAAGGGUCAAGAAGACCGAAGUCAGGUAUGCUGAGGAUGGUAGUGUCAUAUUAGAGAAGGAGGAUGUCGAAAGAAAGAUCAAGUCCUUGUUGAAUAAAUUGACAUUGGAGAUGUUUAAUGAAAUCACCGAUGAGAUGUUGGACAUUACAAAACAAUCGAAAUGGGAAACUGAUGCGGGAACUAUUAAACAAACGAUAUCUUUGACUUUCCAAAAGGCGUGUGACGAACCAUAUUGGUCAGAAAUGUAUGCCAAAUGGUGUGCCAAGAUGACCACCAACAUUCUCCCUGAAAUCAGCGAUCAAACAAGCACAUUGAAGGAUGGCUCGCAUCCAUCUGGUGGUGCUUUGGCAAGAAGAGUGUUGUUGACCACGUGUCAAGUUGAGUAUGAAAAAGGUUGGAGUGAUAAGCUACCAACAAACCCCGAUGGGUCUCCACUUGAACCUGAAAUGAUGAGUGAUGAAUACUAUGCCAUGGCUGCUGCCAAGAGAAGAGGGUUGGGUCUUGUGAAAUUCAUUGGACACUUGUACAAUUUGAACAUGUUGAAUGAUCAAGUCAUUUACGUUUGUCUCAAGGAUCAAUGUAGCAAUACCACCGAUCCGUCCGAAGACAGUUUGGAGAAUUUGGCACAAUUGAUCAAGACAGUUGGUCCGAAAUUGGAUGCUAACGAACGUACCAAGACUAUGCUCAAGAUUGUGUUUGACAACAUUGCCACUAUUUUGAGCAAUGUCAAGUUGAGUUCGAGAAUCAAGUUUAUGUUGAUGGACUUGCAAGAUUUGAGAAAGGCAAAAUGGCAAAGUGGUAAACAAGAUGCACAACCUACAACCAUUGAGGCUAUACAUAGAGAUGCUGAGAUUAAGAAAUUGAAGGAGGAAAGAGAAAAGAGCAGAAGACUGCAGAAUAGUGGAAGGUCAGCAAGUCUGCAUUAUGGAUCUAGCAACAUUGGCGGUGGUGGUGGUGGAGGAAGUGGCAGUUCGAGAUCAAAUUCAGGGUUUGGCUCGAACUUGGCUUCGAACUCAAACUUUUUCAGAAAAUCGCCAUCGGUGGGAAGAUCCGAUUCUAAUGCUAGUAGGAGCGCCAGUGAGCGUGCAGGAAGUGGUGUAACUGGAGGUGGUAACACCGGUAAUGCACCUGCAAGUGAUCUUCAAAGGGAUUCGUCGAGGAGGUCGGAGAAUCAACAAAUUAAUAGAUUUGCUGCGUUGGGUGGUAAUGAAGAUGAGGAUGUUGAAGAUGAAGGAGCCGCUGAUGCCGAGGAGACAUCAUAG